GUAGGAAGGGGAGGGGUUUGUCCUGGGCCCGCGGAGGGUGGGGUGUUGGCUGGAGAGUUUGUGAAAAGUUCUGCGAAGAGCAGUAGGAAGUGGGCAGCGCGGAGUGCGGCGGCCGGCGGCCGAGGGGGGUCUCAGGUGCCCUCCGGGGAGCCCGAGGAGCCGCCGAGGAGCCGAGCGCCUGCAUGAAGGCAGUGACCUGCCGGGAAGUUCACCUUCCAGGCUGCCCGUGCGAGGUGGUGAGGUGGCGGCCGCCGAGCCCCAGCCAUGAGGAUCCGGAUGGCCGUGCGGUGGACCUGGGCAGGCAAGAGCUGCCUGCUGCUGGCGCUCUUAACGGCGGCCUAUAUCCUCGUGGAGCUCUCGGUCUCGGCUUUCCAGUCGUCCCCCGGGGCCGGCCAUGCCAGGGAGGGGCGGACGACCAGGCGAUUCGCAGAGCUGGAGAGAAACGCCGAGGAUUUGUCGCGCCCGCUGUAUGAGAAGCCCCCGGCAGACUCCCAAGCCCUCGGGGAGUGGGGGAAGGCCAGCAAACUGCAGCUCAGCGAGGGGGAACUGAAGCAGCAAGAAGAGCUCAUUGAGAGAUAUGCCAUCAAUAUUUACCUCAGUGACAGGAUCUCUCUGCACCGCCACAUAGAGGAUAAAAGAAUGUAUGAGUGUAAGUCCAAGACGUUCAACUACAGGAGACUGCCCACCACCUCUGUCAUCAUUGCCUUCUACAACGAAGCCUGGUCCACCUUGCUCCGCACCAUCCACAGUGUUCUCGAAACUUCUCCCGCAGUCCUGCUCAAGGAGAUCAUCCUGGUCGAUGACUUGAGUGACAGGGCUUAUUUGAAGACCCAACUUGAAACUUACAUCAGCAAUCUUGAUAGGGUCCGCCUGAUUAGGACCAGAAAGCGGGAGGGACUGGUGAGGGCCCGCCUCAUCGGGGCCACUUUUGCCACUGGGGAUGUCCUCACGUUCCUGGAUUGCCACUGUGAGUGUAAUUCUGGUUGGCUGGAGCCACUUUUGGAGAGGAUCGAGAGAGAUGAAACAGCUGUUGUUUGUCCUGUGAUAGACACCAUCGAUUGGAAUACCUUUGAAUUCUAUAUGCAGACUGGGGAGCCCAUGAUUGGUGGCUUUGACUGGCGUUUAACGUUUCAGUGGCAUUCUGUCCCCAAACACGAAAGGGACAGGAGGAAAUCGAGAAUUGACCCCAUCAGAUCUCCGACCAUGGCUGGAGGGCUGUUUGCUGUGAGCAAAAAAUAUUUUCAGUACCUUGGAACAUAUGACACUGGGAUGGAAGUGUGGGGUGGUGAAAACCUGGAGCUGUCUUUCAGGGUCUGGCAGUGCGGCGGUAAGCUGGAGAUCCACCCGUGUUCUCACGUGGGCCAUGUGUUCCCCAAGCGGGCCCCUUACGCGCGCCCCAACUUCCUGCAGAACACUGCUCGUGCAGCUGAAGUGUGGAUGGAUGGCUACAAAGAGCAUUUCUACAACCGGAACCCUCCAGCAAGAAAAGAAGAUUACGGCGAUAUUUCUGAAAGAAAACUGCUGCGAGAGCGGCUGAAAUGCAAGAGCUUCGACUGGUAUUUGAAAAACGUGUUUUCUAAUUUACACGUCCCAGAGGAUAGGCCAGGCUGGCAUGGUGCUAUCCGCAGUAAAGGGAUCUCUUCUGAAUGCUUAGAUUACAAUUCUCCGGAUAACAACCCCACGGGUGCUAACCUUUCACUGUUUGGAUGCCACGGCCAAGGAGGGAAUCAGUUCUUUGAGUAUACUUCAAACAAAGAAAUACGGUUUAAUUCUGUGACGGAGUUGUGUGCUGAGGUCCCUGAGAAAAAAAAUCAUGUAGGAAUGCAGAAUUGUCCUAAGGAUGGGUUCCCUAUUCCAGCAAACAUCAUUUGGCAUUUUAAAGAAGAUGGAACCAUUUUUCAUCCACACUCGGGACUGUGCCUUAGUGCUUAUCGGACACCUGAGGGCCGCCCUGAUGUGCAGAUGAGAAGUUGUGAUGCUGUAGAUAAAAAUCAGCUCUGGAGUUUUGAGAAAUAGAAGAGCACAACAGCACUUUCAUCGUGAGCUGACAAAUAACUUCAAGGAAGUCAGAGAACCUUCCAGGAACCUCAGUGGAGAUUGUAUUUUAUCUGAAGUCGCCCAGCGGUCAUCUGGGAGAGCACUGGAGAGCUGUGGCGCAUUUUGGUAUAUUACGCCAAAACUGGGUGCACAGAGUGCUGCUGUUUAAUAUUUCAAAGUGCCUUAUGGGUUGUUCUGUUUAAGAGCUUUGUCAGUGUGUUCUCUUACUUCUUAAAGAAGUCGACUGUGAAUUGAGAUACACAAAACAUUUAAGUGCCAGACUUAAUAUUAAAGAAUGUAAAAGUCCAAAUGAAAUGAGAUAUGAUUUAUAUUGAUGGGUAAGUUUCACUGCACAUCUCAUUGUUUUCUAAAGCAAAACCCAUAGAUGCGCAGUUUGAGCUAUUCUGUUUUGAUGACAUAGAACUUGAGUUUCUUUUAGCCAGUGCAUUAAGAUUUUGAUUUUAUUUUUAAUCUAAUUUUUCUUUAAUCAAGUAGAAAGUCAAGUUCUUAAGGAGAAAGGCUUGGCUUAGAUAUAUGUGUCACUGGAAGAGGACAUUGUUUUGAAUGUGAGUUUGGGGGUCUUUUUAAUAUACAGGCAUCUCAGAGAACUACUCACAUCUGAAUGAAAUGGGGAGCUAUUUACAUUCCACACUUGGUAAACUUGAGCUGUUGGACUUAGCUGAUCUUUACUCCUAUAUAUGAAUACCUCAAAUUGCUCUGAUUUUGUAAGCUGUCCACUCUGCUUGUGUAGGGCAUUUCUGAUUGCACUUCCUUAAGUUAUGAAUGUACUAGAUAGGGACUCAUUCAGAACACUGUGCCUCCCUUUGUUAAUGCUUAAUCAUUUAAAGUCAACACAAUGGAGGCCCCUCUGAAGUUCUAACUGUGUUUACUGAAAUGUGUGAAACUGAAAGUGGGCCAGGUCCUACAAAGACUGUGGAACUCUUUUUCUAUAAGAGUUCUUGCUGAUCAAGAAAUUUAAGGAUUUAUCUUAAGAAUACAAGGAAAAAAGGCCAGCCUUGGUGAUGGUGAAUGCUGCCUUCUAGCUUGUUUUUAGCACCCAGCAGCCUGGCAGUUAGGCUGUUGCUAAUGAAUGAAAGGCCAAAUGAAUGACUAGCUCAGCCAAGGAAUGUGGCUUGGGUUGUCCUUUGACAUGUUCGCUCCACAGUUUCCCCACCUGUAAAAUCUGGGUACGGGGUUGGAUCUUGUAGGUCCCUUCCAGCUCUGAAACGUUGGUUGUACAUUCCACCCUCCUCAGAUUCAGUCACCGUGCAGUGUUUGCCACACUUUGUUUCGUGUCUUCACUUUUAACAUGUUGAUCAUGUUGUUGAGCAGUUGAGCAUGUGUUGAACAGUUGUAAACCUGGAGAAGAGAAAUGGUUUGAAAAAUUAAGUGACCUGAGCGCACCUGGUGUUAUUUCUGUGGGUGAAAAGUGUUAUAUUGUUUGUAAUCCUUGCAUUUUGCAUUUUGACAAUGUUGAGCCUAUUUUGACUUUAAAACUCUAAAAGUAAUUUUUUGACUAAGAAUAUAAAUAUUUCCUAAACUAAAUAACUUGAGAAGCAAACAUGUUAAUAUUUUUUUUUACUGACUUCAUACCAGUGUUUUAUCUAGAAAUGAUAAGGUUAGAAUUAAAUCUCAAUUCACUUUGGUCUCGAUUUAUAAAAACUUCUCCAUAGAGAAUGAGUCCACAUUACUCAUAAGUAAAGCUGUUCACAGUGUUUGUUUCAUGACUAGGAACUUUGCCAAACUCUGAAUUUAAGAAAGUUGUUUAGGAUUACCAUUUCACAACACAAAGUUGCUAUAUAAUCUUGACUGUUCUGCCUCUUAAAAUGAAAAGGUAUUGAUGGUUUCUAUAAGUUAUCCAACAACCUUAAAGUUUAUCAAAGAAUUGUCCACAUUCCACAUAAAAUGUUUUUGGACCUGGGUUUAAUUUAAAAAGAAUUAGUAAUAAUCCUAUGAAUUUUCCCAAAGAGAUCCUCCUUACCUAUCUUCUCCUCUUAGCCACUCUACUGUUUCUUUUCAUUGUACUUAUUUUUUAUUUUUCUCUUGUAAUUUAUUUUUUGUUGUUCUUGCCAGCCUUGUGUAAUAUGGGAGAACUGAAAUUGGCAUGUUCUGGAAAUACUUUAUUUUGGUGUCCUGAUGCCUCCCAAAAGGGAAGAGAGGCUUUUAAAUCUACUUACUUCUUUAUUUACCUUUUGUCCUAAAUUGGCAGGUAUGACCCAGCAGUCUUUUUGGAAGAAGUUUCAGGCUGGUGCUUUACUUACUAUCAAUAAUUUAGAGUAGCUAGACUGUUCACUUCGCACAGUAGUAUUCCAACACAGGAACAGAUGUUCACAUUUUUAUUGGAACAUAGCAUGUUCCAGUUAAUAUCUAGAAGCAAAUGUAAUGCUACAAAAUAUAUUUUGAUUCCUUAAUUCUAAUUUUUUGGCACCAAAGCUCUCUUUUGCUAUAGACAAUUAAAAUUUAAGUUAAUUUACAUGAUUAAUAGUAGUUUUAGGAAAAUAUUUUGUAGACAAGGAGUUUCUCAACUUUAAAUAUUUACUAUGUUGUUUAGCACUCAAUCGAUUCUAUGAAUAGAUUGACUAAGUAGGCAUUUCUAGUAGCCAUUUUAAAAAGAAAUUAUAAUCUAGUCAUCAGAAGGAUCUCUAUAAUUCAAAAUAACUUAUUUGUGAAAGAAAAUUUGUUUACUUACCCAGUAGUAGGUUCCUAUAUAUUCACUAUAUUUUUUGGGAGAUCAGAUUUUUUUUAGAUUGAAGAUGAGAUUAUUUUUAAAUUCUGUAGUCUUUGUUUAGGUCUCAAUUUUAGUUAAUAAAAUAUUUAGUUUUUACUUGUUUUUCCUUUUCAAUUAAUGUUUUAAGAAAACUUUUUAAAUGAGCACAAAGAAUGUUGAGGUUCAAAUAAAUCUCUUGAAUGAUGAAUUUUUUUUUCCUGUGUGAUGAGCAGCUUCCAUCUUUUUUUCCUUUUGUUAAUGGUAUUUGCAAUGUUGAUUAAGAAUAUAAAAUAAA